AUGCACCCUAGACACCUCGGCGGCCCGCCAUCGGCCGCUGGCGUGGCUGGAGGACAGCGCGGGAUGCCCAGCCCGCGAAGCGGACCGGUGGGCGCCGCUGGGCGCGGGCCUCCUCCCCCCAUGCGACUUCUCCCUCAAAACGGCGGCGGGGUCGGCGGGCCCUGCCGCAGACCCGAUCACCUGAUGGUUGGCCCUCUCGGCGACCCCAUGUUCGGGGGCUCACCUGGCACGUGCGGCGGUGGCAUGGGGCUGGGUGGCGGCGGCGGCGGCGGCGGAGAGGGAGGAAGCCUGGGCAUGGAAACGGUUUCAAGGGUUUUGAUUCCCAACUGCAAGAUCGGGGCUGUCAUCGGCAAAGGAGGAGCCAUAAUCAAGCACAUUCGCGAGGUGUCCGGGGCCAAGGUUACGAUCAGCGACAGCUGCACGGGCCUCCACGGCGACUCGGACGACCGCAUGGUGACCGCCGCCGGCACCUUCAACUCCGUGCAGCUCGCCUUCACCCACAUCCUCAGCCACGCGGGGGCCGUGGGCCCCGACGCGGACCCGGUCAUGGGCCUCGCCGGCGGCGACCCCGACUGCGUCGCCAACUCGUUCCGCCUCCUCAUCCCCAACGUCAAGGCCGGGGGGCUCAUCGGCCGCGGCGGCUGCACGAUCAAGGCCAUCCGGGAGCAGAGCGGCGCGCGGAUCGAGAUCUCGAGCCACGCCUUCCACUUCCACCCGGUGCACGGGCCCCUGCCCGCUCCGCCGCACCACCCGCCGACCCCCCAGGCUGGCGGUCCUGGACCGGGAGGCCCGCAGUCGUCGUCGAUUCACGGCGGGCUUCCUAAUGGUGACGGUGGACCGCGUGGCGGUGGUCCCGGGGUUGGCGGCAGCAGCAACAACAACGGGUUCGGAGGCGGCGGGGGUCCGGCUGAACGAGAGGGCGGCCCGCCCGCCGGCAUCCCGCUCCCGCUCCCGAUGCUGAUGGACCGCGUCAUGACCGCGAUGGGGAGCUACAACGC